CCGGCGAGGCCCCCAGCAGAAGUUUCCGUCCCGAACUCCCACCGGCCCACCCCACGGCACGCCCACGCGGACGCGGUCACUCGUCGUUCUCCUUGCCAUCUCCUACUCUUUUUCCCUCAGCGCAGGCCGAGCCGAGCUGGCAAGCUGCGGAGCACGAACAGAGAGCGUCCCCGCCAUUACUCCUCGCCGUCCCUCUUCCCCGGAAAUAAAUGCAGCCGCUCGAGCCGCGCACCCACCCGGCCAGAUCUGAGUUACGACAAGGCGAGAGAGGGGGAAAGGAAAGGAACGCAAAACAUCUAUCACCAGUUCAGCACGACGCCACCUCCAACAUUUACUCCGCUACCCACGCGGCCCCGAUUCCACCCAGGGCACCCAGCAGAGCACCACCACCGUGCGCGCGCUCCGCCAAUGCCAUUCCGCCGCUCCCUACCGCGAUGCCCCUCCUCUCCUCGCUCUCCAACCUGGGCCUCGGCUACUCCAUCGCCAUCGCGCUCGGCUUCCUCAUCCUGUUCGCCUCCUUCCUGCUGGCUUUCUACUUCUGCUUCGGCCGCGGCGGGGACUACUGGGCCGGGGAAGCAGUCACCACGGCGUCCAGCUCCGGCCACCUCUCCAUCACCGUCCCGCGCGUGCUCUUCGUCGCGGAGGGGUCCGAGUCCCCCGAAGACGACGCUUACCCCUCCUCCGCCGCCGCCGCGGCCUGCUCCCCCGUCGGGCUCGACGCGGCCGCCAUCGCUUCCUACCCCAAGGUCGCCUUCUCCAGCAGGGCCGCCGAGGCCGACGCCAUGUGCUCCAUCUGCCUCAGCGAGUACAGGGACGGCGAGACGCUGCGCGUGAUGCCCGAGUGCAGGCACGGCUUCCACGUCGCGUGCCUCGACGCCUGGCUGAGCCGGAGCGCGUCCUGCCCCGUCUGCAGGUCCUCUCCCGUCCCGACGCCCAAUGCCACGCCGCUCGCCACGCCGCUCUCCGAGCUCGUCCCGCUCUCGCAGUACGCCGCCGACCGGAGGCGCCGCAGGUGAUGGACAUGGACACAUGACACUGGUGCAACGCAUUGCUCUUCCUUUUUUUGUUCUUUUCCAUCAUCGUUGGAGGAUGUGAAGUUGGGCUUGCUUUUAGGAUUUGGAUAUCUACAAAAUUGUUUGGAUGGAAAUCACAGGUACCUCGAUUAGAUUUUGUAAUGUAGAAGUGAAAAGGUGGAGCAAGGGAUAGUGUAAAUACAGAUUGCCCGUUUCUGUGAGUAUCAUCUUCUGGUGAUUUUAUAUGCUUUGUAUAUUGCUACUGAAAUAGAAGUAUUUUUUAUUUUCAA